GGCAAGCUCACUGCGGGUUUGGAGUCUGAGGCGGGUAAACCAUGCCGGCACAAGCCAAGGACAAGGUGGUCCAGGACGAGGUGCACCAGAACCAGAUCUUGAGGGAGCUGUUCCUAAAAGAGCUGCGAACCCAGAAGCUGUACACGCAGUACCACGUGAACCCCCUGCGCAAGGUUCACACCAUAACCAGAAAGCCCAUGUCUUGGCAUGAUAACUUGGAGGAGCCUGAAGACGUCAAGUUCCUGAAUCUUAUUCAUCAUGCAGCUCAGGGCCCAAGGAAGAAAUACCCAGAAACACAGACUGAAACUCAAGAGGUGGGCUGGCAACCAGAGCCCCUGGUCAACCCGGAGCGCAGUGACCGUAGGAUGAACCACUUCAGGGUCUACAAUGACAUCACUCUGUACAAGGCUAAGAUGUGGAGCUUGGGAGAAGUUGAUCGCCACAAGUGACAUUCCAGUGGUGGA